AUGCUAAUAUUGCUCUUUUUUCUUCCCUACGCUUCGCCGUUGGUCGACUGCGUUCACGGAUUCGUUGGACGGAUGCAGGUCGGUUCCGAAAUUGCAAACUUUGGUCGCAUUUGGAAUGGCUUGGUUUUGAGAUGGCGCGUCCGGCUCGAAACGCGUGUUAUCCCGCAAGCCAUUCCAAAUGCGACCGCUUUUCAAGAUUCAUUUUGGUUUAAUCGAUUUGCUGAAAAUCAGUAUGUUCUCUGCGUCUCCUCUUCUCUUGGAGGGUCUCUCAUGUUUCUUUGACCCACUUCAGUGAGAGAAAAGAGGCGCAGAGAGGUCAGAAAAAAACUCAACUCGUGAAGAAUGAUCAGAAAAAAAUUUUUUUAAUGGAUGAAAAUCAGUAUAAAUUUUUUUCAGCUUUUUCUCAAAACGCUUGUAUUUCUAUAUUUUUUUCAGUUAUAUAAUCAUUUCUUUCUUUUUCAUAAUCCAGCUAGUUAUUAGAGUCUUCUCAGAACGGAUCAAAGGUACUUUGAAGUCCCUUUGGGACGUUUUCGUGUCUUUGGACUGAAACAAAACAUUUCGUGUCAUCUGUCAUUCCUUCCGCGCACUUUUCAGCCCUACUAAAGAGUCCCUAGAUAGCCCGGAAGGCUGGGAAGAGAAUAUAAAGGGAAGAAAAAGUGAUUUAAAUAAGGAAAAAUAUGUGAAACUUUUUUUCAGAUGAUUUUUCGGAAGAACUUAUACUAACUUAUACUUCAACAUUUAUAAAAGUUUUUUUGAAAAUUUCAAAUGUUUCCAAAACGCCCUAAUAAUGUGUAACUUGAACGAAAACAGUGUCAAUCCAUAAUUUUUUUGACCGGAAAAGGGAAAAAAAUUUAGCGCCAUAGGUCAGUAGGGCAAAUUUGCUUUUUGGCAAAAAGUACGACUUUUUUCGCGCCGAAACCUCGUUUUUUUCCCUUUUUUUGUUUUUUAUUUCUAUUGUUUUUAAAAGUGGCUUUUAUGUUGUAGAGAACUGAGUGAAACAUUUUUUCGGCUCAAAAACUUUUUUUGUCUUUUUUUCGGGUUAAAAAGCUUUUUCUUCUUGACUUAAAUCAUCAUAAUCCAGGAAAAAAUUCAACUCUGCAUUGAAAAUCGUGAUAUUUUUUGAAUUUUUCUUCCGCUUCUUUCGAUUUUUCUUUUAUUUUCAACAUUUUUUUGGGAUUUUUUUCUUCAUUUUUGAGGCGUUUUUCUCUGGUUAUAGACUGGAAGGUAUAUUCAAAAAGCACAGAGCUGCUUAAAAAAACAAUUUUUUUCGAAAUUUCGAACCUCUGAACUUAAUUUUUCACUCUUAUUAAAUUGCUUUAGAGGCUUUGAUUGAACUCCAUUUUUUUAAAAUUUUGAGUUUUUUUCAAGCCUGAAACCUCAAAAAAACCUUCUCGUAUUCUUUGAAACCUAGCCAAAAAGUUGGCCGUUCCAUCAAGGUCAACAGAGAAGAAAAGCUUCAAACGGCAAAUAGUACACUUGUACGCUCUUUUUUUCAUUUCAGUUUUUUUGGUUACAAAAAAAAAUUGUUGACUUUGAACUUGACGGCUAGGGCUUUCACAUGGGAAUUCUUGAAGGAGACUGCGAAAAAAAGGAGAUUUUUUUGAAGAAAUUUGAAAUUAUUCUGAAAUUUGGAACGGUUUUUUCAAUAGUUAAGUGACCAUCUAGAGAAAAAAAGAAACGUCCACUCUCUCAUUUUCGAAUGAUUUCUAACUUGGAAGAUUCUAGCGUAGAGGACGGUUAUAAUCCACGAAAUAAAGAGCUAGAGAGUACUGUUAAACAAGAGAGCAACCAGAGAAAAAAGGAACGUCCACUCUCUUACUUUUGAACGCUCUCUAACUUUCGAAGAUUCUAGCGUAGAGUUCGGUUUAAAUUUACGAAAUAAGGAGCUAGAGAGUACUGGAGAACAAGAGAGCGUUCAGAGAAAAAAGGAACGUCCACUCUCUUAUUUUUGAACGCUCUCUAACUUUCCCAGAUUUUAACGUAAAGGCCCGUUUUAAUCCACGAAAGGAGGAUCUAGAGAGCACUGGUAAACAAAAGAGCGUCCAGAGAAACAAAGAAAUGCCCACUCUCUCAUUUUGAACGAUCUCUAACUUUCGAAGAGUUUAACGUAGAGUCCGGUUUUAUUCCACGAAAUAAGGAGAUAGAGAGCACUGGUAAACAAGAGAGCGUCCAGAGAAAAAAAGAAACGCCUACUCUCUCACUUUUGAAUGCUCUAUAACUUUUAAAGUUCUUGUAGUUUUUCACGAAAUGAGAGGAUCCCUUUCUAAUAAAAAAAUAAUUUUUUUGUUCCAGCCCGGCUUAAAUGACAACUUUUUCCACAUCAACGACACGUCAAUGUGCAGCGCGAUGUACUGCAUCAAAGUCUUCGUCAACUCGGCCAUCGACGACGGUUUUCCCUUCUUUUUUUCAUCAAUUUUUGAUAUUUCUUAUAAUAAUAUAUUCAUUCAGAGGCAAGAAAAAAACAAUAACAUGUAGAAAAAUGGUUAGAAACUAACAUGUAAGCCUGUAAUAAACGAAAAAAAAAAGAAAAGAAGUUGAGACCCUCACGAACCUCUAAGCCAGUGAAAGAAGAUGGUGAGAAAUGGAAAUGAAAGAUUGAACAAGAAGCAUUUUUAAGAACAUUUUCGAAAUUAAGUUUUUCGAGUUCUAGGAACUUAGAGUGGUCUCUAUAGGGGUUAGGAGGAAAAACAGCUAGUGGAGAACGAAAAAGUGGUCCCUAUAGGGGUUUAGGUUCUGGCCCCUUAGCCCCUAAACCUUAAGUGGUCCCUUAAAAGAGGUCGUUCAAUUUUUCUUUUCAGAAAGGGAAAUGUUUAAAUUUUUCGCACAGAGUUCAUAAAAGUUAUCGACUAGCAUGUACCCUAUAGGGGUCACUUACUGAAACCUCUAUAGUGGCCAUUUUUGCAAGUUUUAGUAUCCCUUAUAAAGAGAGGUAAAGUGGACCCUUAAGAGGAGCCUACCCUUCUAGGGACCACUCUGGCGGUGCUCUGUAGAAAAUAUCAAAACCCCGCCGCUCCAAGCCAGGAAAAACCUUUUUUUAAUUCAACCAUUUUUUGAAUGAGAUUCCUUGGAACCAAAAGUCAGAAAAGGGCCCACGUUUUUCUAUUAGUAAAAUGAUCCGUAUCUCCAGACAAUCUGUUCCAACAAGGCGUCUCAUCGAGAUGUGCCUACACGGGCGGCGACCGGGAAGUCUGCCUGAAGGCCACCGGAUGUCAGGACAUCACCUUCUACGACGGCAUGCGAGGAAACGUUGGUUUUAUUGCAGAAUCAUUGAAAAAAGUGCCUAUCGCCCAGCGAUGCACCCUGGCGCAGCGGCUUGAGGUUCAGUCUGAUAAACAUGUUCGGGAAGGUUCGAUUCCUAUCAAGGGCAAACUUUUUUGCAUUAUUUCUAUAUAAAAAAAUUCUUUCAAAAAAAGGUAAAAAAAGUUGUUUUCAGUCUUAUUAUGACGCCUGACGGCAUUUUUUUCAUGAAUUCGAAAAUCGAUGAAUUCCUUUGAACUUUGUACUUUUACGAAGUUUCUUGCCCUUAGCAGAAAUGCAAAAAGCGUUCGCCCUGGUAAGGAAUCGAACUUACCCAAGUAUUUCGUGAGACCGGCCCUCUAACCACUGCGCCAGGCGACCUCGAAGUGAGAAGAGGUUCGAGGCGCGUACAGGACCCUUCCUCGAUGUGUUAAAGAUGCUUUUUCUAAUUUUCAAGAACGGUCUUUGAGAUCAAUACUUGUUCCUAAGCCCGAAAUGAGCUCUAGUUAGUCCCCCACUGAUGAACGUAUGAAUAAAUAGUGCCGCAAGCCGUUAAAAGUCGGCUAAAAUUUCAGUUCUCGUUCUGCUGCUGCCAGGAGAACAACUGCAACCAGGUCGGCGAGACGGAGCUGGAGGAGCUCUACCAGCGCAAUUCAAAGUCCAAACGGAGCCGGACCUCCUCCUCCAGCUCCUUUUCAACAGUUUUGUACAUUUCCUUUGCUUUUAUUUUCAGAUUAGUCUAUUAA